UCACUUCCUUACCGUGCAGCUGAGAGAGAGAACGAGAGAGGAGGAGCAGACGCACCGAUCGAGGCUGCCUGUCAGAGCAGGGUCCGGCUGUUUGGAAGCAGUGUUUUGAAGUCAAGAUUAUGUUAGUUUUUCUGUGGCAGGUUGUUGAAGAGCUGAUCCUGUAAGAAUGCAGAGUAUAAAGUGUGUAGUGGUGGGCGACGGCGCCGUGGGAAAGACCUGCCUGCUGAUCUCCUACACGACCAACGCCUUCCCCAAAGAGUACAUCCCCACUGUCUUCGACAACUACAGCGCCCAGGUGACUGUGGAUGGCAGGACUAUUAGCCUAAACCUGUGGGACACGGCAGGCCAGGAAGAGUAUGACAGGCUGCGCACGCUGUCCUACCCGCAGACCAAUGUCUUUGUUAUCUGCUUCUCCAUUGCCAGCCCGCCGUCCUAUGAGAACGUCAAGCACAAGUGGCAUCCUGAGGUCACCCAUCACUGCCCCAACACGCCCAUCCUGCUGGUUGGCACCAAGAAGGAUCUACGGAAUGAUGCUGAGCUCUUGAAGAAGCUCAAGGAGCAGAACCAGACCACCAUCAGCCAGCAGCAGGGCACCACACUGGCCCGACAGAUCCACGCAAUCAAGUACCUGGAGUGCUCAGCCCUCAACCAGGACGGCAUCAAGGAGGUCUUUGCUGAGGCAGUUCGGGCCUUCCUCAACCCGCUGCCCGUCACCACCAAGAAACCCUGUGUGCUGCUGUAAACCAAACAACAAAAGAAAUAAUAAGAAUUGUAAUAAUAUUGAAAAUAAUAAUAAUGAGACAGUGAGAGAGUGAUGGGGCUAGAGGUAGAUGUAUGUUGUAACUCUUUUUAUCCAACACGACAGCCCUCCUAAAUUGUUUUAGAAUUGGAGCCGUACAAUGUUCUGAUAUUUUAUGCUUGCUGGAAGGGCAAUUUGUGGGCAUUUUCAGACAGCCUCAUGCGGCAGUCUCAUGUUUGGAAGUUUAAGUGGAAUGUUUAGUGAGUCAUAACUACAAUCAGAGUUAUAGCUGGAUAUAGUGCCAACUAACAUUGCUGUUGUAUCGGAUAAAAAGAACUCAUUCCAGCCCUGUUUUAGGAAUUAUAGCCACACCUCCUCCAAGAAGUCUUUUUGCUUUGCUUUUUUAAUGCGUUGUUUUCUGCUAGGCUUACAAUCUGGAAUUCUGGCCACUUUUUAAUGUGUCAUUAUUUGGGGAAGGGGGGUGGGGGAGGCAGCCAAGGCAGGAAAACAUACUUUUGGCACUAAAAACAUAUUUUCAAACUUGAAAAAUAUGUGUGUGCAUGGAAUAAAAAAAAAACACAGUGUGCUGCUUGUACUCAUUGUAAAACUGAACCACCUACAGUAUCUCAUUUGACCUUAUUUUGAAGAGUUCCAGUACACACUUACAGAGGUUGCUGGGGUUUUUUUCCAGGUGACUAAAAUAUAGAAACACAUUCAGAGCAGUCUGAAAAAAAAAAUAGAGCAAUACAAUCUGACAAUCAUUGUGAAUGGAGGAGAAGAGGCUGUGGAAAUACUUUCUAUAUCAUUUAUCGGAUCAAUUGUCAGAUAUUUAAUAAUGAUAGAGAUUUUGAUUCAGCUUAAAACAAAAAACAUUCCUGUGCAUUACAGUUGAUACAGAACAUUUGUAGAAGAAUGUUUCAAAUGUAAAUACAUAACAAAGGAUCUAAUAUUUCAGCCGCUUACUUUCUUACUAUCUGGAUACUUCCGCACGAGAAAGCUCAACAGAUUUUUGUAUUUUUCUUUUUUUUUUUGAAGCAUGCUUAUGGGGCAAUGUGGGUAUUCUGAAACUGCCAGAGUUUGUACUAUCCCUGCUCUGUGAAACCCACUCACAAAUUAAACUGGGGCUUUCCUGAAAGGCAUUUUGCACAAUUACAUGUAGAUGAGAACAUAUCAGUACAUAUCGUAUAGGGUGUUUCAGUGUACCAUACAGAGGCUGCAAACACAAAUAGUAAGAUAUCUUAAGUGGUCUGGGUUGGACUGUAAAUAAGUCAAGCCCAUAUUAACUUGUUGUUGAGAGCCCUUAGUGUGCCCUACAAAUGACGACUUUCAGUGGUGUAAUCAACCAUUGCCCAUUCUUGAACUCUGAUUGGUGGGGAACAUUGGUAGUGGGGCCUUCUCUGAGAUACCAUUGGGUGCCUGGGACUUUCUUUCAAUCCUGAGUUUCUACAGCAGCAGUAUAUAGUCUUUGAAAUAGAGAAGACAGCUCUCUUUUUUACCAUGGUUUUGUGUCAGUUUGAAAACCCCUCUUCUGUGUUGCAUCUGUUUUUGGAAACAUCCUGUUUGUAUGCACAAUCGCUCAAUUUCUGCUCAGAAUGCUAUAAAGGUACAAUAUUAUUACCCCUUGUGUCUCAAAUAUUAAUAUUAACCCCAAAGGCUGCGAUAAUUCCUUUCAACAGAGGUUUGUUAAUGAAAAGCUGUAGUUUCUUUGUAAAUUGGUAGAAUAUUUAACUGUGAAACUUUGAUAUGCACUGCACCUGUUUGCAGUCUAAUACAUAUGUAUGUACUAUGUUAAAAAUAUAGAUAUGCCAAAGAAUAACCAAAAAAAAAAAACGCAGACAGGUACGCUGCAGUUUAAUCUCAGGUGGCUAAAAGGUUUUCUGUCCAGUAUGAAACCGGUGUAUUGCUGUGUAGUGCUGUAGAGCUGGAGCUGUAUUCAUUCAUAAGUCAUUUCAGAAGGAAUUUGUCAGCACAUAGUAAGAAUGUACAAACACACACGGGGGGCUGUUGUAAUAAUAGAAACAGUGGCAGAUCUAAGUACCAUCACUAUAUUAAUCUUGAACUCUAUAUUAAUCCUGUGGUGAUGUACAGAAUCCCUUAUUAUGCCAUGCAUAUCUACCUGUGAUGAGUUUUGAGUGUCUGUGAUUACAGUAUAUAUGGCACAUUUAAAAAGGUUGUGGGGCAUGCUAACCACCUUUCCAUGACACUGACAACUCUAAUUUUGUGGCAGGGGAUGUAUGUUAUUAAAAUGGUAACUUUACAAAAUACAAUUAAAAAAAAAUAAAAAAAUAGAGCAUGCUAUUAAGUUUAAAGGCAGUUUUAUUAAGAUCUGCAGCUGUUUUUUUUUUUUUUAUCAGACCCCAGGCGCUGUUCAAACAGUUCUGAGGUAGCAGAAACACUUUGGAGCACUCUGAAUGUACAUUUAGAAACAUUAAAGCACAUGUUACCUGUAAAGGAGAAACUGCAGUCAUAAGCAAAAUUGUUAUUCAUGAUAUCUUAAUUAUCUUACAGGUCCUAUAUUCCAAAGGAAUAAAACCAGAACAUGUACACAAUAUUUAGGAAAGGCAUUCCUUGCAUAUGGCAUUCUACAGUGUUUUUGUGUGUGU